GCCUGUCAGAAUAAUGUGUUGCUGUCAAUUGUUUUCCUCCUAAUCAAAACACCCGAUGGUGUGAAUUACAACUCCGUGAACAAAUUUGCGUUUUUCUACAACAAUGUCGACGACCCGUGUAAAAACGAGAGAAACCAAGACGGGAGAAAUCAUUGCGUACAGUGACACCGCCAUACGAAACAAUGCAUCUGCAGUGGAGUAUUGUCGAACUUCCAUGGCCGCAUUGUCCGGUAGCACCGCAGGUGUUUUGGGACUAACCGGUAUUCUUGGAUUUCUCUUCUACGUACUUGCGGUCCUAUCCCUUUGGCAGAUGCUACUACUGAAGUCGGGCUCCAAUUGGCAAAAGUAUUUCAUCAGCCGGAAAAGCCUUCUCACCCAUGGGUUUCUGAGCGGUCUGUGCACCUACGUACUGUUCUGGACGUUCCUGUACGGUAUGGUGCACGUGUACUGAGGCGAGGAUGCAAAAGUGUGCAAUGUUUCACGACGGGUUGUGGGGGAAAGGAACCUAAAACUAGGAUAAUACUAUGGUAAAUAAUUUUUCCCAAAUACACAUACCAUCUUCUACCACG